AAGUUUUCUUAAAUCCUUUAGAAGAAAACAAUAUUUUUCGAUUUGAAGUUAAUGUCUCUCGGCCAUAUCUUUCGACUUUACUGAAAUGAAUACUUUUUGGCUUUUGUUGAUGUAUAUAUUGGUGGUAAGAGGCGAAUUAUUAGAUCAGGCUGCUGUAGGCGAACUAUAUACAUUUAAAAUUGAACCAAACAUAUUCGACUGGUCCCAUCAAGUCAUCAAUGAACAAUUUCGAUAUACGCCCUCAUUGAAAUCGUAUCCAGAUUUGCCGUCGUGGAUGCGUUACAUGUACAGUAACGAAUAUCAUGCGGGAUUUUUAUACGGAACACCACCUGAGCAAUUAUUAGGAAAAUCGAUUACUCUCGAUAUAGUGGCACUGAAUAAGAAAAACUACGAAACCCGCAACACCGAAUUAACAAUUAAGGUGGCGCGUAAAAUUCACGCUCCUAAUAUAAUACAAAUGAAAAUCGACAAUUUGAAUUGGGUGCACCUUAUGGAUCCUGGGCGUAUAGAAAACUUGCGUAAUAUAUACCGGAAAGACUUAUGGCCGGAAAGCGAAAGCGAUUUGAGCUUAGUAUUUAUGGAGUCAGCGGUAAAUAUGGGAGGCCGUUUACCUUUACGGCCACAGCAACACGAAGGAGUUGUUGUCCAUUUAGGCAGCUUUGCGAAAUUCUCCGAACGUCUUAAGGAUUUACAGGAGGAGGUGCGUCCUCUUUAUAAAUUACCUUCUUGCACUUACAAACGUACAUCAGUGCAAAAGCUCUUUGAAAAUUCUGGUUUCAAAUUGGAUUGGUGUGCUUUUCGAAUCGUUGGCACCGACAUGAGCCCCGAAGUGUUACAUCAUAAUCACGAUGGUAACAAGCUGAGCGUCGGAACAAAUUCCUUGGAAAUGAGCACGUUAAAACGUCGUGAAGGAGGACGUUGGCAGGGCAUGCAUCGCGACGAAAUGCCCAGCCGCAAUUAUAUAGAUGAGUUUGCUUUCGCAUUUGCGAUACCAACAGUGAUUUUUGGAAUUCUCUGCGGCAUUUUAACGGCUAGUUUAUGUUUCAAACACGAAAAAUUAACGGACGUCAGUUCUGAAUUAUUCUUUAAUAACAUAUUUCAUAUAUGUGACGAAGAAUGUACUAGUAACAAGCAAAACUCUGAAAAUGACGACGAAAGUUAUAAGGGAUCUUCUUACCCAACUACGUCGUCAACAGUACAAAUGGUACAAUAUUCGGAUACGAACUCACAACCUGUCACCACCUUAAAAAGCUUAAAGGAUCCAAAUUGCUUGUUGGACAAUACCAGCCUACGUUCUCAAAGUCCGAAUAGUUUGUAUCAUUUGGAAAACCCAGCCAACGCUUACUUGCGUCCUAAACCGCCGCCAUAUAAAGGCGGUUCUGUUACGCGCAGCGGCGUUGAUAUUUGACAAACAACUUCUCCCCGCAUUUUGUACUGCUAAAAUCAGCCACUGCUGGACUAUCUAUCUAUCUGCUUUAAUAAGAACAAGUUUUUCGUAGAAAUAGUUGAAUCGUACAUGCAUGAAAACCUUUAGUGGGAACCAUAUCUUAUAUAUUGUUGUAAACGAAAAAAAGCUAUGAUCUACAAUAUUACAUAACAAAUAAAAGAAAAUAAACAAUAUUCUCUGAGUAAUUUUAAUUCGAA